AUGGCUCAGCGUCGCAAUUCUCCGAGUUGGAAUCAGACAACCAAGAUGAUGAUGAGUUCAUCGCCCUUUGAUUCAUCUCCUUACAAUCAAUCACAGUCGCCUCGCCAGUUCUGGCAGGGUCGGGAUUCGGAAUCGUCGCUGAAUUCAGAGAACGCGAAACCCUAUGACCCAGAGGCAUCAUAUACCCCGUCCAAGCGGCCCUCAAUUGAGAAGCUCAAGCGCGCUUCGCGCGUCAAGAACAGCAGCAUGUUCGCGCGUGAACAGAAACAGGAGUACGAUCCCGCACACGUCCGCGUUUUGGACCGCCCGUUGGCAAGUGGACGGCCUUUCCGCAGCCAGUUCCACGCAGCGUCCAAGUCGCCAGCGUCUCCAGCGAAACAAAGCGGCCAGAAUAAACCGGCUGAAGCACCAAAACCCACGGCGCAGAGACCGCCUACACCCAGCAAGAAUCAGGCGUCCCCUGCGAAGUCGUCCCUGUCAAAGGCCACUCGAUUCGGCAACAAGCCCUUCGACCCGGAGAGUGAGAUCUGGUCCGAUGAAGCCGGAACGUCCCCCCAGCGCUUCGCGGAUGAUCAAGCCCAGUCUCGCCAAGCCAAAAGUGUCACUUUUGACGCUGCACCACCUCAAGUCAAUGAGUAUGAAAUGACUACACCAGACCCGUCCUCAAUCGCGUCAGAGUCGCGAGAGGGAAGCUAUGAUUCUGAGGAGGACGAAGCUGACGUCAGCUUCGACCGUAGCUCCUCAGCAGAUCACGAUGACAGCUUUGAUGCUUCCCUCGAAGACAUUGAAAAGACCCCUGUCGUGCUUCCGGAGGACUGGCGGUUCAUGAGCCCAGCUUCCGCUAACGACGAGCUGGUGCAAGGGGAGGAGGAUCCAUUCGUUGAUGAGCACGGCAGCUCCAAUCCAGACGGUCGGCCGACCUCAAGCAGUGGCCUCGGGGAGAGACAGUCGCGAGUUGACUCCUUCGAUUCGAACGGUGAAAGACGGCCUCUGCCGCCUCUGCCAUCCUCCAAACUUUCCAACCAAUCCCCUCGGCAAAGUCAUUCAGCAAAGCUUUCUGCCGCCUUCGAGCUUGGAAGCAACGGUGGCCAACGGAGCCUGCCGUCUCCUCCCGGCCCUGCUUCCUAUUCCAAAGCCGACAUAACCGAGGGUCGUGGUUCAAUGACGUUGGAAGACAGACUCCGAUUGAUGAUGCUGCAAGAGCAGGACCAGGGUAGUCCACAAUCUGACGCGGAGAGGCAGCGAGAGAGACGGAUGAGACGAGCUGGGGCACGGGAACGGACCAGCGGACAUGAGUUUGAAUCCAAGGAAAGCAAGGAAGAUGAUUCUAACGCGCUUGAUGAUAUGUCAACACUACCUCACAUUUCGAGAGAGUCCAUUCUUCGGAAUAUUAAGAACACGCACGACAUGAGUUAUGACGAUUCUUAUGAAUAUUCUUCUCAGCCAACUUCGAGCCCUGCUCCUCUGCCUCACUAUGACCCUGAUGUUCCGAUACCAUCUCUAGAGGACGGUCUUGAUGCGGAUACCGAUGUAGUUGUGAAAGAAGAGGAACAGAGUGACGAGGAAGAUAUUUACGCAAUCCCAGAACAUCACGACACUGGUGGGCAUGAGUUUCACGGCAAUGGUACUGAACAUGACGAUCAUGAUGACGAUGAUGAUGAGAGCCACUAUUCCCGAAAUUCGAACGAAGCGUUGCAUGACGAGAGACGAUUCUCCAGCGGGUCUGGAGAUGGUCAAACUACGCCAGUGCCCCCGAACCGAACCGAGAAUGCCACUGAAGCAGCGCCUGUAGAUGACCAUCAUGACGAGUUCGCCGCGUCUAGCAACCACGAAGAUGAGAGAGCAGAAACCGGAAGCCCUCGGCGGUCAUUGGAUAAAGAAGCGUCAGAUUCAGCUGAGAAGCACGACUUUUCUCUGGACAACGUCAGGGAAUCUCUUCAACGUCCAAUGACACCAGAAGACCAGAGUAGAGACGAUGAAGACGAGCCGUCGACGCCUGAAUCCGUCAUCCGACACCCGGUGGCAGAUGAAUCAGCAGAUGAAUCGUCAGAUGAAGAAGAACGUAUCCCCGAUCUGGUUGCGACCAUAAAGGCACCCGGAACUGGACUAAAGACUCGCCCUUCGUUGACCCCUGCCGAUACGCAGACCAUGGCUGCGGUUCGCCGCAAGGUGAGCGCUCAGGAAACGCCGAUGCCAUCUCUCACAGAGCCAGAACCCGAUCACAAAGAUGAUACAAACGAAGAUGUCCCAGACGAAUCGGACGACGCGGCUUCAGAUGAUCACCCUCCCCAGCCCUCGGCACCGAAUGUUGCACAGCGCCAGAGCAGUCUCGUCAAGCUGGACAUCCCGUUGAGUAGCGAAAGUGAGAGCCUUGGUUUCGGUCUAGACAAGGAGUUCGAUCGCGUUAUUGAGGCUCAAAAGGUUGCGUUUGAACAUGCCCUCUCCCUGAGACGUAACCCAUUCAUCUUGCAGCGUACCCCGGACACUGAACCCCAGGCACCCCGUGGAGCAGAACACAUUGGAUGCCAACCAUUCACCCCAGUUGGAGCAGUCAGUACUGACAAGCAUGUUGUGGAACAGAGAGGUUACCUCAUGCGACAAAACACGAAAGUCAUUAUUGCUAGCAGCAACGAUGACGAAUCGCAACCCUCGAAUUCAGAAACGGACCCGUCCGGGACGAAGCCAGCAAAUUCUGGGUCUCGCAAGACCAGUCAGCCUACCUGGACUGCUGAGCCUUGGAAUCCAAAGAUGCGUCGUCAGAGCGUGAGGAUGGCGAGCGGUGCCCACAAGAAGAAGCCUGGAACCGGAGGUGUUCCUCCUCUCCCAGGCAUGCCAAGUAAUGUUCAGGAUGCUCAGCCGGGCGUCGACGAAAUUGAAUCGCACGGUGCAACCGACAACUUCCAGGACGGAGAGGAACGAGGGCGCUUGUUCGUUAAGGUCGUUUCAGUGAAUGACCUUGACCUGCCGUUCCCGAAAGGAGAACGUUUGUAUUUCUCGUUGACAUUGGACAAUGGUCUUCAUUGUGUUACAACGUCGUGGAUGGAGCUCGGCCGGUCGGCUCCAAUUGGCCAGGAGUUUGAACUCAUUGUCCAGAACGAUCUGGAGUUCCAGUUGACGCUUCAGAUGAAGGUCGAAGGCACGAAGCUGAAACAGCCCCGGGAGUCGAUAGUCUCUUCCUCUCCCGUGAAGCAGAAGACUUCCACCUUCAGUCGAGUGUUUGCUUCUCCUAGAAAACGUAAGGAAAUGGAGCUCCGACACCAGCUGGAGCAGCAGCAAAAGCAAAAGGCGGACGCCAAAGCAAACUCUGGCCCCUGGGACAAGCUGAGAACACUCGUGGAUCCUGAUGGCAGCUUUGCCCGCGCAUACGUAGCCUUGAGCGACCACGAGAAAAACGCAUUUGGUCGGCCAUACACUGUGCAAGUGUCCUGCUUCAACGAAUGGGCGGUCGAGGAGCCGUCGAGUCUUAAGAGCAAGAAGAGCAGCUCUACUACUGUGCAAAAGCGCCCCCCUUACAAGAUCGGCAACUUGGAACUUCAGCUCCUUUAUGUGCCCAAGCCUAAAGGCGCUAAGGAUGAAGAUAUGCCCAAGAGCAUGAAUGCAUGUAUCCGAGAGAUGCGGGAGGCCGAGAACGCGGCAGCCCGGACUUACGAAGGAUUCCUAUCCCAGCAAGGUGGUGACUGUCCGUACUGGCGACGUCGUUACUUCCGACUGCAGGGAUCAAAGUUGACAGCUUACCAUGAAGUGACCCGCCAGCCGCGUGCUACGAUCAAUCUGGCGAAAGCUGCAAAACUGAUUGAUGACAAGAGUGUACUAACUCAGAAGGAGACGUCGACUAAGGGAGGCGGUCGCCGCAAGUCCGCGUUUGCCGAAGAAGAGGAGGGCUACAUGUUUGUCGAAGAGGGAUUCCGGAUCCGCUUUGCCAAUGGAGAAGUCAUUGACUUCUACGCGGAUAGUCGUGCUGAAAAAGAAGGCUGGAUGAAAGUUCUCUCCGAAACGGUCGGCAAGGGACAUGCAGCAGGCAGUGGACAAGUCAAGCCCUGGACGGAGCUUGUCCUGAGAUACGAAAGAAGCAUGAAUGCUAAACGAGAAGCUGCCGAUCGUCUAUUGGGUAACGCUAACGCUCCUGCGUCAGCCGGUAAUAAUGCUCCUGCGAAGGAGGCUCCCACCCCGGCGACGCAAAAGGCGCAGGCGCCUAAGCCACGACACCAGCACCAUCUUUCUCAGCCCGAGGCCCGCAGCUCGGAGACUCGUCGAGAAAAGGCGCGAUCAGUGGUUUGGUAA